GGUCGAAGAGCGGUUGCUUUUGGAACGACUCUUAAUCGUGAACUCCUACCGAUGAAAGUGCCGCCAAAUCGCUUUGGAAAUGAGCUUGGCUUACGAGGAGCUCCAAACCGUGGUCCAGGAUGUUAUGAUAACGCUGAGGUAGUAAAAAAGAUGCCUGUUUCAUGGCUAUUUGUAUUUUUUCCUUCAACAGCCUGUAAAUUUCUCUGUGAACAAGCUUUACGUAAGCUUUCCUUCAUCCGCGUGACUUUCACCGAUUGUGUCCUUGUGAUACGAGAUUUCGAAUUCUUUUUUCUUUCCCUAAUUAUGUUCUAUCGAAUCAGGUGAAGGUGUUUUCCUCAAGCAUCCUUGAAAGAUUGUGGGACUAACACUAACCUCGAUGCCUUUAUAAUGUGCGCAUCUUGCAUGAAAACGUAGAUUGCGCCUUUUCAAUCUCAUCACCCGGGGAGUUGGGGGGGGUACUCAACCAACAUGCUGAGGGUUUGAAACCCUGACCCUGCCUAGGCCAAAAAAUUCCUAAACACAUCCCUUGUUUAGGACAACACCCUCAAUUUUAUUGCCCUUUUUAGGACAAAGUAGUAAAUGCAUGCAGUCUUUUUUAAAGCAAUUUUUAUUGGCAAUUGCAAUAGAGCAAAUUCCCGUUUUAAACUUCUGUAUACUUGAAUUACAAACACAAUUUAUCUUGCAAAUCAAAUCAAUUGUGAAGGCAAUACCCUGUUGACAAACUCACACAUAAUAUAUACCCUGUAAGGACAGAUCGGACUCACAUAAAAUUCUGUCUAGUGGCACAUCCCCAUGUAGGCCAUAUAAGGGAUUACUCCCCCCAGGUCUCAACACAAUCACCCACGAGCCAUCGCAAAACAGAAAUCAGCAAUUUUAUAACAAGGUAGUUGUAAAAUAACAAGACUUCUAGACAGAAAAUAAUAAAGUAUUUUUGCACCAUAAAUACUUUGGCUGAAAAAGUUGAUCAUUCUACCAGUUCUAGGGCAUGGUAUACGUAAACAAAAUUCCUCUGUAUUUUCAUUGUUUCCUCCCAAGAGAGGGGUGGGGGGAGGGGGGGUGAAGUUGUGCUUAAGGUAUACAUACAAACAUACAUACAUUUUUUUUGGAGUCUUAUACAAUUAAUAGUAUAAAUUAUCAGCUAUUUCCUAAUAACUAAAAUUACAAACAAAAAUUUCUCAUCAUAUGUGGCUAAUAAGUUAUAAAUUAAUUAACUCCUGUUUGGGUAGAAGUGUGCUGCCGAAGCCUAACAAAUCCUGUCCCUGUUUAAGGCAACAUACUUUACCUUGUGACCCUGAUUCAUUUUGUUUUGCAUUCAUUUUUUAAACUAACCAUGCACAUGGAGUUAAUUUUUUGAGAGGAUUGUUGGUACCAUUAAGUCACCAGUCCAAAAAAGAUACCCUGUUCAAGAUGAUAAAUAAUGAAAUAAUUUGUAUACCCUGUUUAAGGCUCGAGACCCUGAAAAGCAUCGGGGGGGGGGGGUAUAGUUCCUUAUAAUAGGCUAACGGGGAUGUGCCGCUGGAUGGGGUCACAUUUUCACGACUGGAUUGACUAUAAUGGGGUCUUUUUUGAUAGAGUUACUAGAAUGGGGUCGCACAUUUUCAGAUUUUUGGGAUAAGACAGUUCUUCACAUUUACGGUUAGCAAACGUACCCGAAUUUCUUUACUGUAGGCGAAAAGUAAAGUGUUUUACGUUUGAUUUAAAAAAUGUCAUUUCAUUUUGGGAUUUAUAAGGUAGAUACAUAAAUAGAAGGUCACUAAGUUGGGAUCGUGAAAAUUACAUUUGCCCAAAAGUGACUAAGAUGGGGUUUAUAACUGGCCACAAAAUAUAGACUAUGAUUUUCCUCCGGGAAAAGCAUAUCCUGUUCAAAGGCACAUACCGGUACAUGUACAGAGUACAUGUACUGAUUCACUGAUCUUGUUACCUCUACGUCCUGCGUCCCUGAAGCAUAAAAAUCCUCAAAAACACAAAAUAAUAUUCAUGGUAUGCAUCCCGUAGGAUGCAAAGAAAUUACGAUUGAUUGAUUUGAAGAUUUUUUGGUAGAAUAUCCUGUUUGUGGGAUUUUUGUGGCUGUUGUGUCAUUUAAAGAUGCAUAUUUAUUUAAGUCUUCUUUGUGCUUUAAAUAUAUAGAAGGACUAUAUUUGAAUUUCAGUAAACUGUAAUAAUGGGCUGCACUGUAAUGGACUCACCAUAACUUAAUUUUGUUACAAAAAUCACUGCUGGCUUAAUUAGGUCAAAUAACAGAAAUGCCCCAGCUCCACUCCCUCAGCUUGAUUUUUUCAUUGCCAAUGUCUAGUAGAUAUAUUUUAUAGUGCUGAUAGGUGGAUUUUGUUAGCAAGGAGCACUUAGUGUUUUUUAAACAAAUUCAAGAAAACUUUCUUUUGAGGAGUUGGGAAGUCUUCUUCUUCUUCAGAUUUUGUGCUCUCAGACAAACAAAUUAAAAGCUUCACUUGUAUUGAUUUCUUGUUGUUUUACUUAUAUGACAGGUGAGUGGCUUCAUUUAUGAACUUGAUGGAAGACCUGUUUGUAAAAGAGGCUACUCAGUGGGUGCUAGAACAGCUGCGAGAUUUCCUAAGCCAGCUCAUGUGAGUGUUUUCUUGUUAUCUACAUGUACAGCAUAUUCCCGCCAAUCCAGCUUAUAGUGUUUAUAUAUCUCAAUUGAGAUAUGCUAGAAUUUGCACAUCCAAAGUUGACUUCAUAAAUAGACUCUGUGGACUUUCAUUACGUCCCAGACAGCAAGGCUUUGAAACCAAUCUACUUCAGAAAUCAUUUAAUAAAUUCUUCAGUCGCCAUGGUCUUAUCGUCGAGAAGUAUGGUGCAGCCGUGCUGGAGAUGAGAUGAGCAAUCCAGGCUUGAAUUGCACCAUCGUAUCCUUACAUUACAUAUUUAUUGCUUAGUGUUGUAUUUCAGUUGUAUCUCGUACGUGUACGUGUACAACUUUAUUUUGAGCGCGUGCAUUAUUUGUUUAUUUAUUUAAUUUACGUGUACAUUUAGUUCGUUAAUUAACGUCUUAAUUUUACUUCGCAUUAUUUUCCUCACUUACAUGUGUUGUCCAUGACUGUGCUCAUAUGGGGGUUGGCUCCUCCUAAAAUGUUCUGCAAUUGGUAUGGGAUUUAAUGGAGCCAAAACCAAUUGUGGAAUUGCACGCAUUUUAGGCAUCCUACUGAUGAAAGGUUGUGACACGUAGAUAUAUAUUUUUUAGCAACUAAUAUAAUUUGCAGUCUGUCUACUUUGAAUACAAUGAAGGUGAAGAAGAACUGCAUUUUAAUUUGAAGUAGCUCAUCAGGCUGGGUCAUAUUCCAGUUUCCUUGGCAUGAAGUGACCAGAAAUUAUUAAUUCUAAAUUUGGCAUGUCAGUCUAUCGCAGGGUUACCCCCAGUUGUAUUUGAAUUUACCAGAGGUACGGUCCAUGUAUUUAUACACCUGGGUGAAUUAAUUUAAACCCUUUAGAAAGUAGCUGAAUUUUCUGUGGAAAGUAAGCUUAAUUUUUUUGUUGGCAGACGUGGUUUCUGAAAGCUAUGCAUCAUCGUCCUCACCACUGAUCACUGCUAUCUGGUAAUAUGAUGAUGAUUGCCAAUUGGCUAUAGGUCACCUUCUUUCUCAUGUUGGCUUAGUGAAUACCGGAUCUAGACAAUUGCAGGGCUUAGAAAGUUUUGACUUUAUUCUCAUUUGAAAUCCCUGAUUAAUACUCUUUGGGUGUUCAAUUCAACAUUAGUUCUGGCCAGCUGAUUCUGUUCUUUUCUGUUACUAGUUGGAUGUUCCAGGCCCACCUACUUAUCAAGAGGUCAUAAGCAAGCCGAUCCACUUUGAUGAAGCAUUUAAACCAUUUAAUGUUGGUGCAACAAGGUUUCCAGCAAUUAACAAGGUACAUAAUGCAUGUUGCAUAUAUUAAUUUUCUAAUUACUGAAAAGUGUAUCUUCUAUUACAACCAAUGCUUUGCCUGUCAUUUUUCAAAUCAAUACAUGGGUGACUAACAAAGGAAUGAUUUUUGUUUCAGGAUCAUGGCGGACAUCCUGGGUAAGACAACUUUUCAAUAAAAUAUUUGUCGUCUUCAGCUGACGUAUUAACAGUAAAGUUAUAUGGGUUUAUAACUUGUCUCACACUCCAUUUGAAGCUUUGAAUCCAACUAAAGAAAAUAAACAACCUGCCUUCACUUCCCAGCUGUUAUUGUAUUAACUUGAGAAACAAUAAAUAAUAUUAUUAAUUUGUUGCUUUGUACUUCAGGAGGCUAGGUUUACUCUUUUGUAUAAAAUGUAAAAUUUACAUAAAGAAAAGGACAUUUUAUUUGGUUUUCCUUUUAAUACUUUCAUCAUCGUUAUUAUCAGUGAUGACUUUUUGAACUUAAUUGUAUCAUUUGCGAUACCUAUUUUCAUAUUGUUUCUUUUUGUCAGUAAUCUAAAAAUCCUUACAUGCCCAUCGGUCAAGAGCUAAUGGUCUAUUAAAGGAUAUAGAUGAUAAUACAGGUCAAAUUUUAUUCUGGGGUAAAAUUUUCAACCUUGGUUGAUUCUAAAUUUUCUUUCUAAUCUUAAGAUGAACAAAGAAUCAACCUACAGGUUGAAUCAUUAUUAAUCUGAACUCAAAUUUAUUCUCUUGCAUAGAUGUGAAACUGUGGUGCAAAAAUGGUGCAAAAGUUAGGAGCUGAUAUUAAGGCUUCUUUGAAUUAAUUCUCAUGUUUUUCAAAAAAGCAACAACAACCAAACAAACAAAACGUACAGAUUCACCAUAGUUAUCUGUUAUCUGAACAGUGUAGCUGACUCUUAUCUAGGUCAUAGAAAAUGGCACCACCCAAUGUUCAACAUUUUAUGAUGAAACCACUUGCCUAUGGCAUAGCUUAUGGUUAGUGUCUUCUGUACCAAAUCAUGAGAAAAUAAAGCAGCUGCAAAGUCAUAACUUUUGAGAAUGGACAUUUGGAUCAUUUAGUCAAUGAUUGCUAUGUUUAAUUUGGCUUUAGACCUGGUGCUUAUGAGUUUGAUGCUAAAAGAGACAGGAAAGUGAAGUUCCAUGGUUCAUUUGGUGGACCACAGACACUGAUAACAUCAGUUGUGAUCAAGUGUAAUGAAUUUGGAGAACCAGAUACUGUGAGUAUAUAAUUGACAGAUAUAAAAAUAAUAUUGCAUAAAUUAAAGGUGACUGUGACUGUCCCUGGUUGUUCAAAAGUUGGAUAGCAAUAUAUAUCCACCAGAAAAAUUCCCAGUAUCCAGCAGAUAAGUACUGCUAUUAGCCCGUUAAGCCCCAAUAUCCAAAUACAAAUUCUCCAAACUGAUCUCCAUACAUUUCCUUAAAGAAAUAGUUGAGAAAAUUUGUUUGCUGAUCAAAGCUUUUGCCAUCAGGUGAUCAUUUCGUUAAUUCUCACAACAUUUUCUCUUGAUUUGUUAAGAGAACAUUGACUUUGGUCACUCUUGGGACUAACGGGUUAACGAAAACAAUGGCAUUAUCCAGUGGAUAGAGAUUUAUUUAGUGGGUAGCAUUUAUAUCCUCCUGUCAAGCGACUGGGCCAUGGUUCAUUUUUACAGCCAGCUUCAGGCCAUUUGCCUGAUGAUGAUGUGUCAUUUUACUACCUGAGAAUCAUUCAGGGUUUUGCCUUUUUCUGCUGAUAAGAGUUUCCUGUGUUUAAAUCCUGCUGGGAUUACCAGAUUUAAAUGUGAAAGAGGAAACAACAUGGAUUGUGGUAGUUGCACGGCAGAAAUCCUGCAAUACUGCACUGUAAGGUUAAUCCUAUGUAUGUAGGAAGGAUGUCUUUCAUGUGCAGAUCUUUUGGAAAUCGUACAGGAAUUAUUUUUGGACAAAUUGAACAAGUAUUGAGCAUGCACAGUGGUGUGUAUUGCAAUUACCUCUUGCUUAAUUUUCACUGUUGCAAUCUGUUGUGGGAAGGAAUAAUGAUAGAGUAUGAUGGAAAUGUAUAACUCAGAGGGUGAACAUUUUGAAAGUGGAACAAAGGCUUUUUGUUAUAAUGUGUUCAUGCAUUUUCUUUAAAUAUGGUAUUAUUUUAUUUUAAAUAAUUCUGUUUUUCUCUACCUUUAGUGUAAAUCUUGCAGAAAUCCUCCAGUUGGAGAUUAUUAUGAAUACAAAAAAGUUCACCUUUGUCGGAAAUGCUAUGAUCAUCAUCUAAAAACAGGGGAAAAAUAUACUAAAAGGUAAGAUAAUGUAGAUGCAUGCAUCUUUCAUUUAAAGUCGUAAAAAUUAAGGUUAUAAACUUUCAGUGAUAAGUUAACCCUUUUACUGACUGGGUGAAUGAUGAUGACGUGUAUUGGAGUUCUAACUUUUGAGUUUAAGAAGACGAAGUUUUGCAUUGUGACCCCAUUCGGCCAGGAGCAAGGAGAAAGUUGAAAAGUGAAAUAUUUUUCAACACGAGUAGAGAAAUUUCGUAUCUCCAAGCGGCCAUGUAAUGUUCUAUUUAUUAUAUAAACACCAAUGAAAUGCCAAACCGUUUCACUUAAAUAUCUUUUUGCUGCGAAAGGUGCAAUUUAUUAUGUAGCCAUAGCAACGGUGAUCUUUUCAGAGGUGAAAAUGACAUGUUAUUUUUACAUGUGCAGAAAUCAUGUUUUCGCAUGAAAGCUCACCUGUUAUUUCAUUGGUGUUUAUAUAAUACAACAACAUUCUCAAGUUAUUUAACAGUCAUGUUUUGAUGGACAUCCGUUAUCUUGAGUUUAUGUACCAUUUGUCAAAUAUACGUCAAAUGCGUUUUACGUCAUUUGUAAUAGGGAAUUUUUAAAAAAAAAAAACCCUAGUGACAAAGGUAAGCUGUCCUAAACUGCUUGUUACACUAAAGAUGAUGGAUGUCCGUCAAAACGUCAAUGUCAUUUCUACAUGUACGGCAGUUACCCUUUCAGAUCAGGGUCUUGCACACUCAACUUAAAAGUAAAUGUUGUAAUUUUAAGAAUUCCAUCGUAAAUACUAAAAAAAGCUUUCUUUACUACUUAUAUAAAUUGCUGCUGUAUUCAAUAUAUUUCAACUGCAAAAACAAUAAAAAUGGAAGCGGCAGCACCGAUUUGUUGCUAUUAAAAGCAGUCGGCCUUCUUGCGUUUUCGCCAGUAAUCAUAUAACAUUUGUUUUAUUUUACAGUUAUCUUCAGUCAUUCUACAAAGUAAGGGAUUGUUCAAAUAUUCAUAAUCACGAAGGAACAAACGCUAGAUUAAUGGUGAGGUUAUUGAUAAGAAAACUUAGCCCUAGACCAAACGUCGAACUUCUCAUGAAACGAACCAAACUCACGUCGAACUUAUGAAUUUUUGAACCCAUCAAGUGAAUCAGAUAAGUAAUAAAGUUUCACCUGAAAUAGGCAAAAUAUACAUUAUAAUACAAUUUUGUGAUCUAUUUGUUUAGUUCUUCGCAUGUGAAGAUCGACGUUUGUCCCGGAGACGAUCUUUAAACGUUCUAUCCGUCUGAAGCAGACGGAUAGAAGACGCGUUGGACGAUCGAAACUCAUUCAAACGAACUUAACUGUGCCAGACGUCGAACUUUUCAUGAACAACUCACUAAGUUUGGUUUGUCUCCUGGAAAGUUCGACGUUUGUCCUAGGCCUUGACGUGCAUAAUACAUAUAUCUUAUACUUACAGUGAUUUUAGUGCAGACUACAGUAAGUUUAUGCUUUAAGUCAUUCUCUAUUUUCCAAUUGCUCAUAAUACACUCUGUUUGCCCCCCAAAUUCUGCAUAAACCAUUGUUCCCUUCCUGGGGUAUUGCAUUUUCCCGUAUUUAACACAAGAAGUUUACAAAAUUUACGUCAACAGAUUACAUUAAUCUGGGAUGGGCGAUUUCGAAAUCGUUCCCUUUCGGGGUUUUCGCGUAUCUGAGAAGUUACUGUACGUCAACAGAUUACAUUAAUCUGGGAUGUGCGAUUCUCACCAAAUAGUAACAAACUGCGAAAUUUACAGAAAGCAAAUGCUCUUAAGUGAGCUGUUUUGAGGGAUUUUAGUUUUAAGAAACAGUUAAACGUUUUUGAUGAUAAGCGAUCUUUUUAUUUCACUACGAGAUAGAGUACACAAGCACGACUUUAAAUAGACGCCAUGCAUCAGGGUUUUCGACGCCAUCUUGACAAGAUGUUCCAUGCUAGCAUGGCUAUUUUUCCCGGAUGUUACUAAAACGGGAAACGGGGAGCGGGAACGAGCACGGGAAACGGGAAAGUCAAAAAUGGGAACAAACAGAGAAUGGGAAAUAAAGUUACUGAUAGGCCUAUGGUCCAAGUUAGGUUUUGUUCCUAUUUUUCAUUUUCCGUUCCCCGUGCUCGUUUCCCGUUCCUCGUUCUCCGUUCCCCGUUUGCCCGUUCCUCGUUUAAGUAACACCCCUCUUUUCCCUGGCAUUCAUUCCUCCCGCCCGCCGGAUUCCAGGGAAAAGAGGUCUCUGGUAGUAGGGAAGACAAGAUGGCAAGCAGACGUGAAAUUACAGCGUUUGUACGAGGAAACAGAUGUGAAUAGUUUUUGUGAAAGGUCCGUUUUAAAAAAGUAUUAAGUGACAGACAUAAGCUUCUCAGCAAAAAUCAACCAAAAAAUUCUGACAAAAUUUGAUAGCCUCUCCUGCGCUAGAAUCGGCGCUUCUUUUAACAAUCUUUAAUUUUUUAUACAAAUUUUUUUUUCUAGACUUUUUUAUAUACUGUCUAAAAUUUCCCGGACUGAAUGAUUGCGGGGAAAUGUAUCGAAGAUCUGAAUGUAGCACCGUCUUUGAAUUUUAUAUUUUGAUCUCAACAGCUUAAAACAGAACGGGACCUCAAGAAACAAAGAUUUAGAGAAGCAUACAUGAGCUUGUACUUCUAG